CCUCGUUUCAAAUUUGUUUACAAAUGGCCGACAAAAAUACCAACGAAUCAGCCGAUGGGGAAAAUAGAGGUGAUGUUCCCGAAACUGAGACACCAAAUACCUUAGAAGAUUUCGUAACUGGUCACUACCAAAGACAAAAGGAUGAGGGUAAAAUGCAAUCAUCUGAAGAAUUGAGUGAGGAAAGGACUCAGGAUUUUUUUGCCCGAGCUUUAAAGGAGAGUAGAAGAAUGAAUGCGGAAGUGAUCAAGUCCAACAAGAAACUGGAUGCCUUACACUCGGAGUUUGGUAUAGAUAUGGUGAAUUCAUGGCAAGAAGAGCAUGCCUCUGAGGUUCUAGAGCCACACGAACAGCAACUGAUUAAACUUGCCCAGUAUCAGAACCCAAAUGCUGCCAGAUGAUGUAGACUUCAGGAAAAGUUGGAAAAAUUCGGCACUGAUGAUUACUGUGAUAUUGUUUAGAGCUGACAUUCAGUACUCAUAGAGUUAAUUUAUUGACAAAAUACUGUGGAGGAAAUUCUUUGCAGUCUUUAAAUUUAUUGAAAAGAAACACAAAAUGCAUUGACAAAACAGAGUGAAUUUUCCUUCACUCCAUCAUAAGAUUAUCAUUUUUCAUCAUACAGAGUUUAAAUUUGUUUAAAUUGAAUUCACUCAUUAUAAUGUGUUUUACUUUAUGUCAAUAGGCAAGAAUAGUUCUGUUGACCUUGCUUGUAAAAACCAGUACAUGUUAUUAUAAUUUUUUUUGCAGAUAUGAUCUGCCCAAAACUAAAAUUUUUAUUGCCACUAAAGUUGCACAGAAUGGAAAAAUGAAAAGGAAACUGUAUUCACAGGUUUUCAUUAAAAUACAUGUAGUUGUUAAAUGAAUGUAAAAACUAUAUUAUUCUUCAUCACAGUUGAACAAAGUUGGAAAGUAAGAGUGACAGAAGUGGGUUUUUUUGCUUGUAAAAUAAAGAUUUUCAUAUGUUUGAUCAUACAUGAUAAGAUCAUCAGUAUUAUCGUAUGAGUUUUCAGUUUUCAUCAUAGUUUUGGUUAUGAUUCAUUGUAUCAUGCCAUUUAUUAAUUUAUUUCUAUUAUAUCUAAAUUUCAGCAUUUGUUAUUAAAUGAUUUACUUCAAAAUAAAUAUUUGAAAAUA